GCUACUUCUUCCGUGCUACUUCUUCCGUGCUACUUCUUCCGUGCUACAACCUCCUUUACGAACUUUCCACCUGCGGUCGCAUCUUAGUCCUCAAACCCCACAAGCUUCCCGCAAACCAUUUCCAGACCACGGUUGAUUACCACACAAAAGUUGGCAUAUAACGAUGCACUAGUCUCUCAAAACUCGAAUCAUUUGGGCCGCAUCUGGUCAUCAUUCGAUGAUAUGGAUGACAACGCGAAGACUCUCGCAAAGGAUCUCAUCGACCUACUCGGUCGUGUGAACAAGACUGGCCAGGUUGUUGAUGCGGAAGUCAGGAAGAGGUUCUGGGAUAAGUUUUGUUUCGCUGGAGGCUGGGAUUCAGACUGUACCAACAACCUCCCGGGGAAUAUCCCCAAGCGUCGAGCGGCCGAGAUCACGACACUGGUCGGCACCAUCAAGGCCGGCAUUCCAAUCACCAAGAAGGCGCUGGCGAAAGGCGGCCCUCGGGCGAACAGAGUCCCAGGCGCCACCGUUUAUUUGAAGCCCAACAUCAACCGGGAGGACGAAAAUGUCACCUUUUUCUGGUGCGAUAGUGCAGGAGGCGCCAUUAAUUCCAAGUUCGUUCACCUACGCCCCGGAUAUUCGAAAGCGCAUGCGAAGACUGACUCUGUGAUUCGCUGGGACGAAGCGGAGUACCAACGCAUCAACAACCAUAACAUUAGAUGGGUUGUUUACUGGGCUCGAGCCCGCCUGGUUCGAUGGAUGUUCGGCCACAUGCCCGUUGGCGCCACAGAUACGGAUGGCAACCGUCCGACGAUGGAGGACUGGAGCGCCGAGGAUCACACGAAGCUCGAGACGCUACGGACUUGCAAGAUGAUGCUCGAUGAGAUGAGACAGGUGGCGGCAGAUGUUGAUGCUAUCACGGGUAGCCGAAAGGCCGGCGAGGUCCGAAUUUGAGUCCAUAGGCAGAUAUGGCCGGCUUGAGGAAGAUGAGGGAGGGAAGAUGGCAUCUUUUUUUUGGUCCUCGAGUCCAAGAUAAUGAAAUGGAAAAACGAAUUCGUUGCCUCUUUCCUGGGUGAAACCAAAAUGGCAGGGUCGUGAAUACUGUGAAUGCAACUUCCCUCUGAAAAUGUACGAAUAAUAAC